AUGGGAAACUAUGACGAACAAGGCCUGAAGGUGCAGCCACAGGAAGCAGCAGACGUAGAACUUCCUUGGGACGACGCACGGCAACUGGUAGAAGCAGUCGUACUGUCUCGAGUUGACACACUAGAUAACGCAGUAAAGGUGCUUGGACAGAGUUGGGUUCCAACUUGGAACGGCUGGAAAGAAUUGCGCCAAUGUGCGACAGAGCGCUGUUGUGUUGCAAUCGCGGAGCGACUGUGCGACAUCGCCCAGCAAAACACCCCUUACCAAAGCAAGACCGACAUCCAAGCAUUGCAGACUUUGACGUCCGAAGGGUUCAUGUGGCGGAAAGCGCUGUCACACGGCGUGAAUAACUGCUUGAUCGAUUCCCUCAUAUUGUGCUUGUCGUAUGAACACAUUUUGCCUCAUAACUUGACUGCAGAUGUCACAGCCAGAGGGUAUCAUUUUGAUAGCUUGCUCCCGAUCACUGGGCGUGAUACCGAACCAGGGAAAAAGAGAAGCCGUACCGUAGCGGCCAUCAACGCAACGAAGAUAGAAGCAGAGUCCGUUGCGACAGGAUCACAACUCAAUGCUCUGCAGCGAGAAUCGCAGAGAAGCGGUGGUACACCUGAGAAGCUGAGUUGCAGCAAGGAGGGACUAGAACAGCAAGCAGAUCAAAGAGCAGAAACCGUAUUUGCAAAGAUGGCGUGGUACUUUCAUGGCACGACUUUCCCGAUAUCCUGGCUUGAUGCACUACUAGCAAAUUUGAUUUUUCACGGAUAUAUGUUACAGUGUCCAGAUUUGCUUGCGCGUCAGGAUGCACGCUUUCACCUAUGUAGAACAUGCCAGGCAAAUUUAGAACCGGAGCAACUAGAAGGCGACGAAGCCUGCGAUUUACAGCAUCAUCUCGCGAAGGCAGCGUUUUUUUUCACAAGUGGGAGCCGAAGUGACGUGAGUGCUGAGGUACAUGUGUACGAUUCAACUACCACUGACCUCAGUGUACCGCUCGAUGUUUACACCAUCGGUCGACAUGACAGCUUGCUGGUACCAGUCUUCCGCCUCUAUCACUACAAAAACGGCCGUUACGCUGCCUUGUUGCCUGCUAACCCAGCAGAACGGCCUGUGUUCACAAGCGCAGCGCCCGAUUUGCGCGCGCCGCCGAUUGAGCAAGUGCGUGAAAUCUUACAGCGGUUCUGUGACCAAAGAGGCGCAGAUGUGCAAGUUGACGAGAGAGACGCGCAUCGAGUGAGUGAUGCUUGGUGGAACUUAGAUGCGCUGGGAAUAAUUUUGCACACCCUUCUGCAGGCAGGGUUAACUUUUGCAGAUGCAGGCAUGCAUCACGCACGUAGAUUAGCAAAUCAGUGGCGCGGUUUCUAUACUACACAGACGCAAGGUGCUGGGAAACGAUUGUCAGAUGGUUCAAUGGAGACAGCUCAGAAGGAAAAUGUCGGUCAUAAGACGGCUGCAACAGAUGCAGCUGCUACCUGCUCUUUGCACAGCACACCAGCCGAGAGACAAGAACCAACUAGUACCAGUGACGUGAAUCUGAGCAUUACGGCUCGAAAACGGCAGGCAACGCAGCAAGAUGCAAGUGCAAGCCCAGCGCGCAAAACAGAGAUGCGUGUGCCUCCUCGCCGUGUGCGCCACAAAGCACCGCCGGUCGGACCAACAACAGCACCAACAUCCGAAACUGGUUCGCUUCACGGCGCUAGCACUGACGCAGAAGAUAUCUAUCCUUUGCGGCUCUGGAAGCCGUCGCAAGGAAACAAAGACCCUCGGGCAGCGUAUGAUUUUGCAAUGCAAGAUGCAACAGCUCUUCUUUCAGACAAGCCUACAUUGCCGGAACGCCUGCAUGCCGCAACUGACCCUGAGAUGGCAUAUGACUUGCCGGAUUACCAUUGCGCAUUUCGAAGCUGCGGGUUCGAGUGUGCGACACAGGCGACGCUCGCAGAACACGUUGCUCAGCAUCAUGCGACUGCGUUACAUGACUUGGCAUUACGGUGGUCAUCACAGGUUGCCCCUGCGCAAGCGACAUUCCAGGCAUAUCAAGACCUGCUAACGCAGCGCUGCCAACAGUCUGGUCCCCUUGCGACCUGUUCUAUUGACCGACGCUGUUUGCGGAGAUUCCGUUCUAACAUGCUGGGUCACCAUGUCGGUACCGCGAUCUGCUUCGUGUGCGCGCGUCGGUUCCCAUUCGUGGACGGUUUUCCGAACCAACAAAUUGCAUGGCUACGAGCAUACGAGCCACGCACUGGAUUGUUCUUCGACCAUGUUCCUGAGAUGCUCGAAGCUUUGUUGGGUAUGAGCACGUAUCACGCACGUUAUGUGGCAACUCUGCCUGCUGAUACGCAACCUGGUUUGCAAGUUGAAUUGGCGCAGUGGACCUGUAACAUCGUUUACGCCUCAUAUAAUAUGAGUGUGCUUGCAUGCCCAGAAGAUAAAAGAUGCAGUCAGCGUUGUCCUUCGAAUCGGCUGUGCACGCAUUGCGAAAUACCUAUGUGCACGUCUUGCCACACCAGGAUAUAUCGACAAAGAAUGAAGCCUCUAGAGGCACUGAGCAACGACUUGUUCCUGGGGCAUCCGCCGAAAGAACUAUAUGGCCAAGAAUGCACGAUUUUGGAAUUAUUAUGCGCAAGUCCGUGCAUGACUGCAUUAACGUGUUUCAGCAUUGAAUGGCGGUAUCUUCAAGAUCGCAGUCUAGCCCAAGAUGCGCUCAUGAAUCGACAUCGUCUGUGUGCAAAGGGCAAUGCCACGACAUUUCCGCUCCCCUGGGAAGACCUGCUAGCGGAAUUUGAGCGUCUGGGAGCCUCGGCUACCAAGGCUUCCGUGAAUAUGCUGCCGCACGUUGGUAAGGAACUAAGUGACAAGGUAGCCGUCAUCAUGAAAAUCGGUGACAAGACAGAUAAAGAGGCAAUACGUCAACAAAUUAUACAUCAGGCCGUCGUUCGUCGCCGGGUCGUUGUAGGGCUGAUUGCUGCCAUGGUUGCACGUAGCCAUCAGGCAUAUCAGGGUAUAGAUAUGGCAGUCGUAGAAACGCGCGCUGAGAUGCUCCCCGAUAAUGACGUGCCGGCUGAAAUCAAUUGCGUUGCUUGA